UUCCUUUCCUUCCAUUUGUUUCUGCAAAAAUGCAGAAAGCUUCUGGUUUUGUUGUCUGCAUCUUGGUUAUUGUUAUGGAUGUUACAGCCGGAAUUCUUGGAAUUCAAGCUGAAGUAGCUCAAAACAAGGUGAACCAUUUCAAAAUGUGGAUAUUUGAGUGUAAAGACCCAAGCUAUAAUGCUUUCAAGCUAGGCUUGGCUGCAGCCAUACUGCUGGGCCUUGCUCACGCCAUUGCCAACCUGGUUGGUGGGUGCGUUUAUGUUCGAUCUGCUCAAGAAUACAAAGGAUUAACCUCUAACAAGCAACUUGCAGCGGGUUCACUCGUCUUUGCAUGGAUUGCAGUAGUGGUUGGAUUCUCGCUGCUCAUCUCUGGGGCGAUGUAUAACACCAGGUCAAGAAAAUCAUGCGGGCUUGCUCACAAUCAUCUUCUGUCUAUAGGCGGGAUCGCGUGCUUCGUACACGGCUUGUUUGCAGUUGCUUACUAUGUUUCUGCCACAGCAGGAAACAGGGAGGAGACGAGGCCGCCACCACAGGGGCACCCUGCCGGAGCUACAGGCCACGUUUAGCCACCUCUGAUCUUCAUGUUUUCCUAAGAAAACUAACUUCCGGAUGUUACUUCAACUCGUAGCUAGUAAAUUUGGGGAAAUAGCUCUCUUUGCUAAAAUAGAAAAUCAUAUUCCUGUUGUUCAGAGAUAGUAAAAUAGGCCUUCUAUAAGAACUAAUGUACUAAUCUGCAAUUUGGAAAUGGGGUUAUACACCAUAUUUUUACUAUAAAAUUCUUGAAUCAUUCAAUUAACC